AGACAGUUACGCGCCAAAUCCUUGACGAAGAUUGUGGACGAUGGUGAAAUAGGCCUGCAAGGCUUUGUAGCUAUAUUUGGGUAAAAAUUAGUCGACACUAUGGAAAUUGAGGCCACGCAAGCAAUGGAUGCUAAUUGCGAAAGUGAAGAAGAAGAUGAGAGGCCUAGAGAUAAGAGAAUUGUGGCAGUCCUGAAAGUGCAUAAACAGAAAGGAUAUGAGGAACAGGAAUUCCCCAUUUAUGAAGGCCGCAACAUUGUUGGAAGGCAUGAAAAGUCUGAUAUUUAUAUUUCUGCUGCACCCGUAUCAAAGAAGCAUGCCUGUAUAGAAGUUGUAUCUGGGGUACAUUUGAUUUUCGACUAUGGUUCGAAGAACAAAACCAAGCGUGGACAGCUGGUGCUACGGCCUCAAGUGCGAUAUGAAUUAACUGAUGGUGUGAAGUUGGCAUUUGCUGAUUGCGAAUGCCGCUACAGCUGUACUCAUGAGCAACCGCAAGCCGAUGAUACAGAUUCGAUGCAGGAAUCUGUCGAAGAAAGGGCAUGUGUCACAGACGAAAUAAACACAUCUAGCCAAUCUACGCAAAAACUUAGUAACCAAGAUAGGCAUUCCACCAACCAGAUUAUAAAAGGGAGACAUGCAAGUGUUUACUUCUUCUAAAACGACUCUAGUUAUUAAAGGAUCAAGAAAAUCCUAACAACAUCAUUUAUUGCCUAAUGUGAUAUGAUUUUUUACAUCUGAUUCGUGAUUCGUGAUCUCAUAUUCCAUUGCAUAGCUUCAGGUC